CGACACCUUCAUGUCAAAUCUUUGUGCUCAUCAUACAGCGGUCUGCUGCUCCGUCUUUGUCCUCAAGGCAACUGCAUGGUCGGCCUGAAUGUAACGUUAGAAUUUGUACAAUUUUUUUUAUUUAUUUAUUUUUAUUUUAUUUUUUUUGUACUGAACAGCAAUUUUGAGCCAUCUGUCUAAAGACUGUUAAACGCUAAGAAGAAUUCAAAAUGGUGUUAGUACAUGUUGGAUACCUGGUUCUUCCUGUUUUUGGCUCGGUACGGAAUAGAGGAUCUCAGUUUAGCAGGCAUCAGCAUAGCCAUGCUACCUCUUGCCGGCAUUUCCACGUAGGCCCCCAGGCCCAGAUCCCCGUCGACUUCCCAAUGCCCCACCCAGGACAAUCUCAGACGGGGAUGAACCCGCACCUCGCCCCUGCACACCAGCCAGCCGCCCCGCUACACCCGCCCCUCGGCCACAUGCCGCAGUUCCAGGACAUCCAAGCCCCCCCCUUCCUACCUCAGGCUUUACACCAGCAAUACCUCAUCCAGCAGCAGAUUCUGGAGGCACAGCACAGGAGGAUUCUUCCACAGCCCAGCAGACAUACCCAAGAUAGAACAGCCCACCAUCCCCAAACCCUUCGUGCACCUUACGAAUAUGCCCCCUCCAUCCACGUUCCUCCACCUCCCCCACCUGCACCUCAGCAGCCACGGUACCUUGCUGAAGGAACAGACUGGGACUUGAGUGUGGAUCCAGGGCUGUCUCAUCCGCAGUACCACGUCCCCCAGCUCCCACAGCACUAUCCGCACUACCUGUCCUCUCCCAGGAUAAGCCACUUCCACAGGAAUGCAUCCCCCGCACAAGUGGUUGUCCAUGAGAUCAGAAACUACCCCUAUCCACAGUUGCAUCUGUUGACCCUGCAAGGUCUCAAUCCAUCUCGCCAUGCCACCGCUGUGCGGGAAAGUUAUGAGGAACUCUUACAGCUGGAAGACAGGCUCGGUAAUGUGAACCGAGGGGCUGUGCAGACAACGAUUGAGAGAUUUACGUUUCCUCAUAAGUACAAAAAGAGAAGACCACUGGAAGUGAAAAUGGGGAUGGAUGAGGAUGAGUUGGACACAGAUGAGAAGUGUACAAUAUGUCUGUCAAUGCUCGAGGAUGGAGAGGACGUGAGGAGAUUACCCUGCAUGCAUCUCUUCCAUCAGGCCUGUGUGGACCAGUGGCUGGCAACCAAUAAGAAGUGUCCCAUUUGCAGGGUGGACAUUGAGACCCAGCUGACACCAGACAGCUGAUGUCUUAUGUAGCGUUGGUGAAAACCCUGCCCUUUCUCCCUUUCCCAUUUUGGGUACUUUGCCAAAUGUCUGUCUCUCCAUCACCUCUCACCUUUGACCUUGCCUUCUGAGCCAAGCGAAGACGUGAAGCAGGUAGGAUUUAAAGACGAACAGGGAAGUGAGCAAAACAGGAAGGGGUUGGAUGAUUCAUGGAGACGAGCAUUCAGAUCUGUACGAGCAUCCAAGGCAGGUUUCAAUGGGUCUUGGGAUUUUGCCGCAUCUGUCGUUAAGAUGGAUCCUGUAAAAGUCCCUUGCAUGCACCUUCUGUGUGUUUAGGACAGUAAGCGCAUCUCCUGGAUGGUCUUGACUGCAGAUAACCUAAAGCUUUUCCUCUCUCAUGAUGUCUCACCCGAUAAUGGAUCUCACAUUAUAACAUAAGCAUUAAGAAGCUUCCAAAUUUCCGAAUGUUAGAAGUAGUCAGUCACGUAUUUCUGAUGUUCUGCACUCUUCUAUGGUGUAGCAUAUCAACUCCGAGUACUCUACACGAGUACUACGUGGGAACAGUCAGCGUGCGUGGCACGUUAUUGUUGAAAUGUAAAGGGUAGAUUGGAAAGUAAAAUGGAUUUCAAACAAAAUCUUAGUAGGAAACAUGUAAGGAUAACUUUGUUCUCACAAGUCAAGUAAUCCAACUGUACGAAAUGAUACUAACAAACUAUCCUUGACUGUAAUUAUCAGAAGUGAUGCUUAAUGUACUUUCUGUAACUAUGGUAACAGCAAGGCCAGGCUUGAUAUAAGCUGUGACAGUAUGUAUUUGUGCUUGUGAACUCUCCAUGCUUAGAAAAGUAUCCUCAAAAUGCAUGUUCUGUGAGAGGCCAGGGCUUUUUUUUGUUUUGUGUUGGUUUCUUUUUUUUUUUUUUUUUUUUUUACGGAAACAUAAUGGAAGGAAGGACAGUUCAUGCAUGAGAGCUCUCUUACUAAAUCUGAAGACACUGUGUUCUCAAUUUGUCACUGAAGUAACCAAGAGUGUAUCGUAUACCCUAAUGCCUGUAGGACAAGCACACAUUCUAAUCGCAACAGCCUACUUCUCAGUGUUUCCAUUAGCAGUGUAAGUGUGGUAUCGCUUGGACGUGUGGUGUAUGUAGAGUACUCGAAAGCAGCUCUAACGUCAUAUUGUGCACGAAACCAGUUGCCAUGCCAUGUCUGGAUGAGAUGAAAAGGGAGAAAAGCCAUUGAUUCAUAGAUACCAAACAUAACUUUUCUAAGCUGUAAUUUGAGUUAAUUGCUUUCAUUCUUUCUGUUCUUUGUUCGUUUUUUUCCCCCUUGUUACUGAUGAUUAUACCAACCUUGCUGUGAGGCUGGUUCAGCUUCUCUCCAUUUCAAAUAAGUAGCUGCAAUGCUGGAAUAAUAUUUAUUGUUGUCUUAAUGUAGCUAGUUGUUAUUUUUUGUAAAUGCACUAUAUUAUGAGGUUGCCUGACUUCGAUUGUUAUUUGUGAAAAUUUUCUCUCGUCCCUGCUUAUGUGUUUGCACUCAGCGACCUGUCUAUUUGAACAGUGCUAAGAUGUGUACGCCGCGCCCACGCGUUUACUGUAGGCUGUACCCUUUCCACACACAGUAGUGUAGUCAGACGGGCGGCGUCGGCUCGGCUCGAGUCGCUCCGUUUGCGUCCUUGGAAUCCUCGCGGCGCGCUCUUAAAUGUGUGGGACUCUGUGGCUCGGUAGCAUUUCCGAACGCGAUUAGUCGAUAGUGUACUGAAACGCCAUGAUUCAUUGCAUCAGUACAGUCUGCUUGCUUUGUUCUCCAACUUUCCCAGGUGUCAAUUAUGAGGGUUCUGGUAAAUUGUGCUCAAAAAUAGCCAAGAAGUGGAAAGGUUCAGAUUUCAGUUCCAUGAUGAAAUUGGCAUUAUUAUUAUUAUUAUUACUACUACUAUUGUCGCAGUAAGAAUUUAGUGUUUAUAACCCGUGGACUUUUUGUGUGUGUCUGUCGAGCUUCCUUUUGUGACAGUGUACAUUUUAUUUUGGAGGGUACAGAGCAAUCUUUUCUCAUUUCCUGUGUCCAGCAUUCUAUAAUUUACACAGGAUGUUGUGCGUCAAAAUGCCUUAAGUAUUUAACAAUCAUAAUUUAUGACUAACCUUAGCUACUAUGGGUGCAUAUUUAAGUUUUGAUUUAGUUUAGCAAUUUAAUCUUAUUUAUUUCCAUAGACAUAACAUGUAUAAAUACCUCAUUGUGCAUAAUUUAAUGGGAGUGCUUUGCAUGCAUAUGUACUUUAAGGGAGAAAAAGACAAAACAAGAAAAAAAUCAAAAGGAUGUACUGAAAUGUGUUAGUGUGUGUUGAUGUGGAUUUGGUUACAUCCCAUAAUGCAAUUUCAAAGAAUUCAUCAGCUGUGAUCUAAUAGACAAACUGCUAUAGACUGGAAAGGUUUUGCAUGCAUCUCCUAUUUUGCACUCUCAGCUUGGCUACCCUCUCACUGGCAUUUGAAAAAUGUGCACCAUACUUUGUCUUUAUUUUGAGUCUUCUAACUUUGGUUAGUGGUCUAACAGAAGAAGAAAAAGAUUUGAAUUACAACACAGCUUAGUGCAAAGUGAGAUGUACUGUGAUUAGCCGUUUGUUCAAGCCAUCCUAAUGCUAUACGUUAGCUGGAAUUAUAUUACACAGAGACUGGUCACAUGAAUUUACUCUCUUGUUUAUGAUUACACCAUGAGUCCCCACCCCACCCCCCCAUUUGUUACCUAGUAACAGGAUCUGGAGCUAAAUAACUCGGAAGAUGCAUGAACCACUAACUAGUUUAAAAUGGCCAUUAUUACUAUUAAAUAUUUCUUUACGUUGUUACCUUUAGAUGAGGAAAUGGACAAAAUUCAGAAUUAUUUGACCUUCCCCCAGAAAAAAAGGUUACAUUUUACUUUGAACUAAAGCCACUGAUAUUUUUAAAGGUGCAACUUUAAUACAACGUGGUAGAUUGAUAUUUGGAUAUAAUUUGGAUGAAGAUGAGAGAAUGCUUUACUCCUUGAUCGUGUGUGUGUCAGAUGUUAUUUUGACACAGACCACUAGACACGAGUUAUUUCCAGAUUUCAUUAACUGACACAUGGGCUCCCGUACUAAUUUGUGUACACCUGAUAUGGCAGACAGAAUGAUACUUGUGAAGACAUGCCAUCUUGUAGGACUUCUUUCACCAGCCUCGAGGUGUUUCUUCUUUGCUCAAUCACCUUUGAUGAUUUUGGACAUACAGCAAUAGAAUUAUGUUUUGCAAACAGAAUGAACAGUAGAUCCUAAAGCACAAGCUCUAUAAUGCAUGUCUUUCUCAGGUUUUAAUAUACGUAUGAGAAUGGAUAGAUAUGUUAAAAUAUUUUACCAUGAAUCUUUCUGAUGUUUUUUCUGCUGCUGAAAAAAAAAAAUGUAAAAAAUAUGGAAUAACCUGCCAGUGAAAGGGAAACUGCUCUCUUUGUAUAAGACACUGCUGUCGCUGUUACUGCGCUAUGUUUUCUGACAUUAAUAUUUUAUAGUCAAGUAGGAAAAAAAAAUGUAUUGACAAUAUUUAAGCAAUAGCUCGAUGAUCAUCAUGUAUGAUAACUAGAUUAAGUGUAUAUUGCGUAAAAAAGAAAAAAAAAACUUAGAUUCACUUUUGGUGGAUUUUGUACUGUAUUUAUUACUAAUGAUGCAAAAAGUUGCAUAGCUUAACCCAAACUGUUCUUUCUUUUUUAAUUUCUUGUCUUGUAUAUGAUCUUUUUGUAUGUGUUUUUCAAAUAAAAUGUUUAAAAUGCUUCAAAAUAAGCCUUUUGUCUAAAUAUAAAUACAGUAUUAUAGUUAUGUAUGCUUUAAAAUUGGCCUUCAU